AAGUCAAAAUAAUUCAAGAUGGCGAGAGCCAGCUUGUCGUAGUAGAGGUCAACGGGAUUUUUAUUUUGUACUAUUUAUUAUAAUUUUAGGAUUUGAAUAAUUUCAAUAAAUUAAUUAUUGUGAAACGUAGACAGUGUAUGAAUAACACAAAAGUGAUGGUAUUCAAACAAUUGCUUUUGAAAAAUGACCAAAUAGCUGGAAAAUAUUUACCUGUCAAAAAUUUGUAAUUAGAUUUUUCUUGUUCUUUUUUGAAAAUAAGCAAUACAAUUUUAAAAACGUUGUACAAAUUUAAUAAGAUAUAUACAAGAAGUUCAUAUCAGAAACAUGGAGGCUAUGCAAUAUGAAACAGCUCGAAAUAUGACCCUUUUAUUCUUUUUUGAACGACUAUUAGAUAAAGGAGAACCAAGAACUCUACACGACUUGAGCUGUCAAUUUGGUUCUAAAGGAUUUACCAAAGAAAUGCGACAAAUCGCUGGUGGAAGCCAAAGUGGCCUUAAAAAAUUUUUGAGCCAGUAUCCUUCUUUAUUUUGUAUGGAUAAUGACUAUGUUACUGUUAAUACUUUUCAACAUAGUAGCAGCAAAGACAGUCAAGGGAAAGAUUAUACUACGCAAGCUGUGGAGUAUUUUUCUGAAAAACUGGCUCAAUAUGGUGAAGGAACUGAAGUGCCUAUUCGCAGCCUUUUGGGACACCGUUCCCAAGCAAGUCCUGAAGUGCGUCAUGUCUCAGGACAACAUUUUCAUGAAUUUAGAGAUUUUCUCUUCAAACAUCCUGGUACAUUUAUGGUAGAUGAUGAAAAAGAAACUGUGAUUUUAGCAAAUUUUGAGUCCGUUAAGAGUCACUGCCCUCCAGAGUUACAUUUUCAACAUGAUGUUAAAAUUGAUCCACAAGAAACUCAGACUUUGUUAGAUUUUCUGGCACAGUGUAUUGAGGUCAAAGGUCCGGUAUUAGUGGAACAACUCUUUCAAAUAGUCAGCUGCAACCUUCCCGAAAGUAUGUGGACGAAUUUAUUCAACACUCCAACUCAACUUAUGAGUUUUUUGAGACUUUUUUCAGACAGUUUUCAUAUACAUUCGAAUUUAGUAACUUUGAUUCAACCACCCAAAAUUAAUCAAAAACAUAUGUCAGCUCAAGUUAAUCUUAUGAAGGAAUAUAAAAGAACUAAUGAAGAAAUGAAAAAUGCCAAAAAUCUGUCUAUAGAUGUUUGCAAUGAUGUUAAAACAGAUAAGGUCGAAAGAAUCGAAAAACGUGAAAAACCCUCAACUCUCCCCAUGGAAGGAAUAGAAAUAAGCGAAAAAUAUCCAUCUGUUCCGAUGGAAAAGGAUAAUAUACAAUUAUCUCCUAGAUCUAUAAGUGAUAGAUUGAAACAACCUAAAAUUCAAGCGAAAUCUAUGAGUCCUGAACCCCCAACUUCUCCUGUACCACCUGCAGGGUCAUAUAUUAAAAAUGAAGAUAAAAGUAAAGUUAAUUUUAAAUUAGGAAAUCCUAUUAAACAGAAUUCGAAUGAAAAUCAAAACGAUCGAACAGUACUAUCGCCUACUUUCCAGAAACCUUCCAUUAAAUCAAAUUCUACGUAUAAUCAAAGCUUGAAACAACGUAUCAAUACUCUCGUACUAAAAACUUUACAAGAAAAUACAGGUAGAGAACAACGACAAAGUAUGAUGAAUCAACAUAUAACACACACCGAUAGUUGGAAAACAAGACUUUUCCAGAAUACCAGGGUAAUUUGUACGACGAGAGAGUGCCAAUUGGUUAUAAAUGAUAUAAUGAAUAAAGAAGAAAAUAAUAAAUUUGAUGAAACUUGGCCUUUCACUGCAGAUAGGAAGGUGGUGGCUUUUGAUUGCGAAGGUAUCAAUUUGGGUGUAAAAGGACAACUAACUUUGAUGCAAGUUGCAACGAUGACCGGCUUUGCAUAUGUAUUUGAUUUAAUAUCCUGUCCUGAGAUGAUCGAACAUGGACUUAGAAGACUACUGGAAUCUAACGAAGUUAUAAAGGUUGUUCAUGAUUGUCGAAACGAUUCCGUGAAUCUCUACAACCAGUUCAACAUAAUGAUGCGAAUGGUAUUUGAUACGCAAGCUGCACAUGCUAUUUUAACUUACCAAGAAACGAAUCGACCCGUAUAUAAAGCUAAAAGUAUAGCUUUGAACGCGCUUUGUGAAUGCUAUGGCGCUCCUAUUAAUCCUAUGAAAGAUCAAUUGAAAACAAUUUACAGGAGGGAUCAGAAAUAUUGGUCGAGACGGCCUCUAAGCAGAGAAAUGAUACUGUAUGCAUCUGCCGACGUUUUGAGUUUGACAAAUGAAAAGAUAUAUUAUCAAAUGAGUAAAAACAUAAGACCAGAGAAUAGGGAAUUGUUGUUAGAACUUUGUGAUGAGCAGCUACAAAUGCACAUAUCACCGGAUAGUGUAAAAAUGAAAAAGCGUCAGAGAAAAACUGAAACUGAAGUGAUGGAACUUAGGACGAAAUUGGCUCAAGCAACUAAAAGCGUUGUUUUAAGCAAUAGAGAAGUUAGACUGCUUAGGUACAUAGAAUUAACAGAUGACGAAAAAGAGAAGCUCAAAUCUUCUGCCAAGGUAGCAAAAAAAUUAGAAAAAUUGGAAAGUUUAGGUCAGGAUCGUGAAGGAGAUAGUUCAGAAGAAGAUGGAGAUAAUGAUCAAGAUUAUCCUAGUUUGGACAGCGAUAUGACGUCGCCACGUAAUUCCGAGCCUACUAGUCUAACAGAAUCAAUGCAAAUGGUCGAUACAAUAUUGAAUGAUAACAAAUUAGAUCGAAUCGAUAAAAUAGAAAAAUUAGAAACGAUACUCAGUAACGCUGCCAUAUUACAAAAUGAUAUAGAAUCUGAAAAGUGUACUUGUAGUUGUCAUUGUAAAUUGAAUAAUGGGUAUAAGCAAGACCGCGUUGUAUCUCCUACUAAUGAAUACGUUAGUAGCGUUAAAGAUGACGAUGACGGUAUGGUCAAGGCGAAUCAUUCUAAUAUAGGCACACAAACCCUUAGCACCGGUGAUAUAGUCGUCACCAAAAUAUUUUUUAACGAAUCUACCGAAUGAAAUACGAGGAUACGUUAAUUUUUUUAUAAUUUAAUUUUCGUAGUGAAAGCACUAGGUAAUAGUUCGGACUUAUAUCGGUAAUUGACAUUAUUAAAAUUUAUUUUUGCAUUGAAGAUACCCCUAUAAAAAUACAUGCACUAUAUUUCUCAAAAAAAAACCAUGAUGCUCAGUUCAUUUAUAGAAAUUUUUGGUAGCAAAAAAAUGUUGGGAGGUUUAAAUAAUUGUUUUUUUAUUUUUGCAAUAAAAUUUUGUUGAGCCUUAUAUAAAUUGGAAUAAUAUAAAAUCCAUGUAGUGUUUUUGAUAAAAUAAAUUAAUUUUAGUAAAUAAUGUCAUAUCCUUGCGAUUUUUAUCAACUAUCACUUGAAUAAUGUGUGGUAGAUACUUAUUGCCCUAGGGUAUUAAGACUGCUUCCUCAUUGAUUAAUUCUCUCCUCUUAUUUCCUGUCUCUUGUCAUUUUUAGAGGUGAUUUUUAGUCUUAAUCUGUUUUGAUCUUACCCUCUUGUACUUUUGUGUCUAUAUUUUCUCUAGAUAACUCAGUGGACUUUUUUUAUCGGUACCUUUUUGACCAUUGUUUUAAAUACUUACAUAAUUUGUGAAAAUUACAAAUAUUAAAUAUUCUUAUUUACCCUUAAAGCCUUUCUUUUCUGACAUAUUUUCUUCUUUUCUUGGAGUAACAAUUUUUGUAUUGCCUUUUUUGAAUUUCAAAAUCUUGUUACAUAUCUGAUUCAUUAAACUCCUCAAACAUUGCAAUGAUUAUCUCCUUAUUAAUAAAAAUGCAGGCAAUAAUAAUGUCUAGGUAAUAUCGCAGGUAAAAAUAUAAAACAUUGAACAUUGAUAUUAAAUAACCAUAAAAUAAACAAGAAUAGAAAAAUAUAAUGAAUAAUAAAUCAGCUUAGUUUGUCUAUUCAAUUUUAUACAGUACAGGAAAGCUUAAAGUAAUAAAUCUAUUAUUGUGUGCAUAAUUUCAAAAAACUUCCCAAGCAAGUUAUUUGAAGAUUCCAAAUUGAUGUGAACGUGAAGAAAUGAUCCCUAUCUUUAAACCGCUUCAAAUGACAGGUACAUCCUCUAUUAUUUUAUGUACAGAAUUCAAAAUAAUGACUUUUUUCUGUUCAGUUUUCAUUCACUCUAUAUAGUAGUUACCACUAACGGACAGUUUAAUUAUUUUACUCUUUGUGUAUUGAAUGUUUGAAAAUACUUUCUUCGAUGUAAUUUUGAAUUAUAAAUGAGACAAAAUCAAAUUGUUUUUUGUAUUUCCAAUUUCAGUUAUCGAUAUUUGUCCGUUCUUACGUUAACAAUACAAGGUAAUUUGUAGUAUGAAGUUUUUAUUCAAGUAACUAAUGCUCAAUAACAAUCUUUUUUAUUGUUUUAGAUGAAAUUUUAUAAAUCUUUUAAUAAAGAAUCAAUGACAUACGUACAAUCGUACGAAUAAUCCAGAAAUCAGUGACAAUUGAUGCUUGAGACUGGAACUUUGAAUAAUGCCUUUCCCAAAGUGAUUCGAGGAACUUCUAGGUGACAUUAGGAGAUUUUAUAGGGUCUAUACACGAUCACUACUGGUGAAAAAAGUUGAGAAAACUCCUUUUUAUACAGUUGUGUAGUGUAAUGUAGUGGCCGUUAGGUUUUUAGGGGCCGUGCCAAUGCUUAACAGUCAAAAAGCAUUAGUAUGGUGGUUUUACCACUAUACAAUUUAUUAAUUAGCAAUUCAUCAAAUAUAAUUAUUGUUAUUGCAAGUUUACAUGAGUAGUCGAUGGGUUUUACCCCAGCAAUUAUAUUUUUUUAUAUGCUUUGAUAGCGUUGAUCGAGGUCCCAAAAACUCUCUCAAAACAAGUUCCAUCCUCAAGCCUAAGACCAUUCUUCACUUGUCGUUGGCUCUCGGACUAAAAUAAUGUAGGAAGAAGUUUAUUAUCAUUUGCUUCUUUUCAACUAUAGAUUUUGGCUUAGAUCUAUUUUGUUUUCUACUACAUGGUAUGUUGUCUUAAUAUUUCAAACAAUGUAGGUGGAAUUUAAUAUUUUAAUUGCUUUAUUAUAUUUUAUUAAAAUAGAAAGUUUUAUAAGAAAUUUGCAACACCAAAUUGGACGUAGUUAUGUCUAGAAAAAUUAAUAUUACAUGGAAUUGUCCAAUUUCUUAUACACAAAAAAACUUGACUUAUAAAAAUUGAUGGCACAGACUAAAAUGAUAUGUAUAUAUAUAUAUAUAUAUAUAUAUAUAUAUAUAUAUAUAUAUAUAAUGUAUAUUACAAUAUGAAUAUGUAACAUUCUUUCGGCGCUACGAGACGAAGCUCAGGUAUGAGGAUUGCCUCAUUUAUCAGUUUUUUUCCUGAUAUGCUCCACGUGCUCGGGGCAGCUUCAAUGAAGAAUAUAAAAUACUCCAGGGGUCAGUAUGAUGAUGACGAAUACGCUGAAGUCAGUUGAACAGAUUUUACUUGCAUAACUACGUCCAUUAGUGGAUAUUUAUAUUUUUUUUCGGCAAUAAUCGGUUUGUUUUUCUACAUUCCACAAAUGAUAUUUGAAAAUAGUGCCUUUUUUGAUUUACUUAUUGUGAAAUUUAUGACUUUAAAUAAUUUGUUUUGCUAAUAGAAAAUAAACAUGACGUUUGUUAUGUUGGGACGUUUUCGGAUGAAAAACUUCCCUCCUAGAUUCUUUGUAUUCUAAUGCGAUGUUAACUAUGGAGAGAUGUUGUUCAAAUAUCACCUUCCAACUUAGCAAACUUCGUAUAGUUCUUCCAUUUACAAUUGCAGAAUUUUAAAAGAAGCUUCAAUAAAGUAGUAAAAAUGGAGAUUAUUACUUUUAGUUAUUGAAGUAUUUUUAAAAGAUAAGUUUAUAGCACUAUAUAAGACCACCCUCCUAAAUUUUUAACUGGAUACAAAUAAAUAUGAUAAGGAAAAAGUAGAAAAAAAUCACAUAUCUAUUAGAUGUGAUGGGUGAAUGUUAUUUGAAUAUUUACCAGAAUGUCUGGAAGGAAUGAAAACAUGUCACUGGGAUUUUAUUACACUGCUAAUGAGCACUUGGAGUACAUCUGAACAUAUACUGUUGAGGUUGAGUUCAUGGACUUUAUAAUCAGUACAGAGUAGUACCAGUCGUGAACUGAGCUCUUUUUGAAUCUCGUUGAAUCUCUAUUUUUUAGAAAACGAAAUUCCAAAUUAAGAAUUAUAAAGAAAUCAAAUGCUUUGUAACAAUCAAAACUCAUAAUUAUACAUAAAAAACAAUGAUUUUUCAAUUUUUAUAGGACUAAUCUGAAUUAGAAACCAAACUGAACGCCAUUUUGUGUCCUUAUAAGUUUUCAAAGAUGAACUUUUCAGGCCAUUUAACUAAUACUAUAACUAUAAUAUUCAUGUUAAUCAAGUUCCUUUGAAUGUAUAAGGGGUAGUGAGCACUAUUUUUCGUUCCGAUAUUUAGCAUAUAAAUUCAUGUUAGCAAAGUGAAUAGUUGAUUACUCCUCGUACAGAUGUAAUUCUAAAUGGAAGAAUUGUACAGUCGAUUUUUACACUAACUGUAUAAAAUACUGAAUUUUAAUUAUUAUAGACUGUAAUAAAUAUAAUUAGCAAGGUUGGGCGAAUAAAAUAAUUGUUGUACAUAUAAUUUUGUUUUUUGAAAUUUAUUAUUUCUCUGUUAACUAGCAAUUUCAAUUUUUUCGUUGUAAAAUAAAACAACUGAUGAUAAUGAAUGAUACAACUUGAUGUGUUAACAGUAGCGAGAGGCACUGCGUUCGUAACAUGUUUGAAGAUAACAACUGUCGGUGGCUAGCGCAGUCAAUUUCGUUAUUGUAUAGCAAUAGAUAUUAUUUAGUAAUACUUUUUUGAUGAAUAAAAUAAAUAUACGUUGUGUUUAUAGCUUUACAAUAAUCAAUUCUUAACUGACGAAAAUUUUAUAUAAUAUAAAGUACAACCUCUUUAAUCCAAACAGUGUAUUUUAUAGGAUUGGCCGAAGUUAUCGUCCAAUUAAAAGGGAAUAAACCGCAAAUACCAAACUAAAGGUUACCCUGCAUAUUUCGAGAGAUUCCCCCCCCAAGCAUCAAGGAUUUAUUUUCACAUGACACAAGGAAAGGCAACUAUUGAAAACUUUCUAUUAGCCAAACUAGAUAUAUAUUACUUUUUCGCUGUGCAUUCGUCCCAGUUAUUAUUUGGUAAUAUUAAAAAACAAAAUAAUAUGAUAUUGUGUAGACAUGUAGUAUUUGGAUGUUUUAAAAUUAUAACUCGUGUUUAUAGGAUACUGAGUGUUACCGUCCAUUUCCCCCACCUUUUCCAGAAUUGCGUCUUGAGAUUUUAUGAUUGCGGUGUGGUUACCUUAUAAUUGAAUUGUUUCUACGUAUACUUUGUUGAACUGAUGAAGAUUGAUGAUAAUUUUCACCCUCACCCGUCAUUUUUAGUGGUUAGUUAAAGUUUAAACACACUAGAAGUAAAAAAGUCUAGUAACGGCAAACAAGUUCAGUUUGGAUGUUCGGAUUAAAGAGGUUGUACUUAGUUCACGUUUUUAUUAUUUUUUUUAUCAAAGCAAUAUAUUUAAACUUUAAUAAUCGUUUUAUAUCACAAUUACAAUGGAUGAAAAGAUUGUGUAACUUUAAAGUAGAGAUCAGUAUAAGUUUAAAUAUCUAAACAAAAGUUUAACUGUCAAUUAAACAAGUUGUUUAUUUUUAGUAAAGUGCCCAAUGUGGUUGAGGUUUACAUAAAAAAAUACUUUUAACAAAUUAAAGUAACCGUUUUAAAUAUACAUGUGUCCAUUAAACAAUAAUUUUUGUAUAUAAUACCAAUAUUAUGAUAUGUUAAUUCAAAUCUACUAAAUAUCUAAGAUUUAGGAUUUUAUUAGAUUUAAAUGGGUUUCCUAUAAUAUAAAUGUAUAUUAAAAAUCUAUAUCUCUACUUUAAAGGUUACUUUUAUGAUAUAAUAAUUGAAAAAAUAAUAAUUUCAUUAUUAUACGUUAAAUUUAUAUUAUUUAUUUAUUUAUAUUGUGAUUUAUUGAUUAAUAUACAAAAACAUUUAAGAAGAAACUGGAAAAUAAUUUUGUAAUUGUAUGAAAAUAUCAAAAAUAAAUUUAUUUAUUUCAGCUAGUACUUAUCGACAGUCACUGUUCUUGAAUUUUUUAGUCCAAUUGUCAUUCGACUAAAUACUUUUCUCUGUACUUGCUAUUCCAAGCUCUAUUUUUUUAAUUUUUUCGCAAAUUAAGAUAAUUGUCACCAAAAUCAUCAUUCGGGGCUUGAAAAGUACCUGGGCGUUGCUUGUCUUCAUAUAUUUACAUGUUCUACCACCGAUUGAAAAAACCCUCAUGCAUGACAACAUCAAAAGAGUUAAUUCAAUACAAAUUAGAACUAAAAGGUCAAAUACGAAAUAUAAAUACUAUGAAAUUGACAUCACUUGUAAGGAAGACGAAGUAAGAGGAUAAGUAGCUAGAGCAAAUAAGGUCGUGGGAUGUGUAUGUAACGUUGUAUGACGGAACAAACACUUAAGACGAAUUUAUAAAGCGACAAUCAGGUUUAUACAUCAAAAAUUAAACCCGAGAAACAAUGUCGAAUUGCAGAUGGUAAAAAUGGCAAGGGAUAAAUCUCCAAUUUGAAAAAUGUGGAGUAACAACCUAAAGGAAAGAUAUCCGACCAUCUUGUCAGAGCUCCUUCCUUCUAUCUAAUAUGGUUAAAGGAAAGAUCGGGAAUCUACUAGGCCCUCCACAAGUAGUAGCAAAAUUUAUUAUACUAAAAAAAUCCUGUAGUCUAUAAUUGAUGGUUUUUUUUAGUGGCACCGAUCUCGGGAUGUAAACGUUUUUGCUAUAUCCAUUUUUAAAUUUGGCUCAGUCUAUUUUUUGCGCAUUAGUCAAGGAGCUAUCCAUGUUCAACAAUUGUUUGUGCGUCUGCUGACCCAAUCCAUAACCUUCCUGAUUUCUUCAUAGGUUACUAUUUAUACCGAUAUUCGUUUACCAGUUUUUUCAAGGCCUCUGGAGUGUCACCCUAGCCAUAAGGUCCGUUCUUACGAAAUAAGGUAGAUUGAUUAGACUUUUUUUAUACAUACAAAAGUAUAUGAAAAUGAUCUACAUCUUAUUGCUAGUUUCUUCCUUCUUGUUUUUGUAAUUUUUUAAAAUUGAUAUUAUACAUAUCUACUAAUAUACACUUAUUUGUUUAGACAUAUUUCCAGAUAAUUUUAUUGUAGAUGCCAUAUUUACUAAGCAAUAUAUUUAUUAUUUCAAGCUGCUACUAGCAAACUGAAAAUUUAUGAUAGUAUGUCGGUCAAUUUAUGAAAUAUUAAAUCUAGUGAUACAAAAAAAUCAGCUGUAGUAAUACUUCAGCCAAGAAAACCAUUCGAUUUCUUAAAUAUUGUUUGCGGAGGGAGUUUUGAUUUCUAUUGAGAGCUAAACUAAAACACCCGGUCCAUCCCAGUAUUACUGAACUAAGUUGGUAGAUAUUCAUACUGAACACACUGUUUACACCAAAACUUACAAUUACACUGUCUGUUGAGCGUUUUGAUAACCAAGUUAUCAUCUCUAGAGACUUAAGGUAAACUGAGUCUCUGAAGACGCUAACUUGGUUAUCGAAACGCUCGACAGACAGUGUAAUUGUGGCUAUAGACUGUAAUUUAACAAACACGUAGUAAAAGCCAAAGAAAAUUUCGGUUUUACUUUGUCGAAUUUUCAUAUUUGAGAGAUCGAAGAGGUACUAAGGUAAAUAAUAUCUUGUAUUUCUGAUACCUGAAUAUUCACUGAACUAGAUUUUUAGCUUCUAUCAUUGGUAUAAAAAUCUAGUUUUUGUUAGAAAUUCUCAAAAUUUGAUUGGUUUAGCUUGAAAUUAGGAAGUUAUUUUGAAAAAAUAAGGAACGCCGUAAUUAUUUGAGAAACGACAUGCACGAAUUUUAUAAAUUUUGAUGUUCAGGGUUUUAGUAAUAUGGUGGUAUUGUUAGAUCUUUCGUGUAUCUGCAGAUAUAAUGAAUUUUGUUAUUUCAAGUGGAUCACCUUGUUUGUCUAAUAUCGAACGAAACCUGCAGCUACUUAAGACCAUUCUUUACACGUUUCUACCAUGUUAUGAAAAAGUCUCAUGGUUGCAUGUAAAAUUGAUGGGGUAACGAUUGAUUCAGUUUCGGAGGAAUGUCUUCAGUAAUUUAAAACCAUCCGUCAACUUCAGUUUAUUGAAGUCUUCCUCCCUUCCAGUAUACUCCCAGGUGUCACACCCAUGAUUCUUUAGUCUCUUGCAUUCAGGAAAAAUGCGGUUACAUGUUUUAUCUUCUAAUCCACAAAAUUUUCUCAAUUAUAUCUUAUACCCGUGAUUAAUACCGGUUAUAGAUUCCCAUUCAAUUUAAUCUGAUCCGAUGAAGAAAUUAUGGGCCCCCUUUUUCGCCAGGGAGAUGUGAAUCUACUCAACAAUUCUUAGACACUUUCCAGAGCAUGUGUUGAUUGGGGAUGUUAUACAUUUGCUUGGAUUGUAGUUCUAAUUUAUCUCUGCAGGGCUUCUAAACGACAACUGAGGGUUACAACGGAUGCUCGAAACGUUUCCAAUACAUUUUAUAACAUCCCUGAUAGGUUUUGAUUUUUAUCUGUGUAUUAAUUUUGUUGAUUUGGAGGGCAUGGCACAAUAUUGAUUCACUUGUUGCAGUUUUUCUACGACCUGAUCUUCUUCAGCAUCGGAUUUUAUACGGAACAAAAUUUAUAGAAAUUGUGUACGCCGAUAAUUGAGGUGUUAAAUUCUUGUAUUUCAUUAAUUUUUAAAAGUAACUUUUCAAGGUAAAUUAUGAAAUGUAAAACAUAUAUUGAUUUUUUAGUAUUAUUAUCUAAACUAUGUCAAUCUGUUAAUUAUAGUUACAAAAUUUGAAUAUUUUUUGUCUGUUUGGUAAAACUGUAAUCUUUUUUUAUACUUUUUUAUUGGAACCCGUUUGUUGUGUUUGUCUUUUUAUCUUAAAUGUUUUAUUUUUUAAGAUAUAUUAAGACUGUAACGAUGUCUAAUCUGAUACUAAAAGCAAUAAAUGUAUUUUCUAAUAUACAAUACGUUUGCAGGUAAUGGUUUUUGUCACUAUUAAUUGAUAAUUUAUAUUUGUUGUUUGUAAUUGCGUUAACUAAAAAAUAAAUGGACACAAGUAUGUU